AUGUUAAAAACAAGUCGAUUUGUAAGAAAAAGAAUUGAAACAAGGCUUUUUACAGCUGAUACUUGGAAGCCAGUUUUGUUGAAUAAAGCGAUCUUCUCGGACAAGCCGUAUAAUUUGAGCGAAGUCACAAAAGGAAACAGUACAAUAUCAUAUCAUCAACGAACACAAAUAGAAGAGGAAUAUCUCAUGAUGACUCUCCAAACAGAAUCGCCUCUCGUCCUGACCUGCGUGUCAAAGUACUGCAAUCAAUGUUCCUUUGCCUCUUCGGAAAUGGGAGUCCUCUCGCGCGCGCAGCCCAAAGUCCGCUACUUGACAGUCGACAUCGAGGAUCAUCCAUACAUCGUCGACGAUCUAAAGAUCGACGCUGUCCCGACCUACUGCAUCUUCGUCAAUCGAAAAGAAGUCUUCAGAAUAACGGGAAGAAUGAACACUGCUGGAAUUCAGUCGCUCUUCGAAGCGUUGAAUACUUACGCCCAAUUUCCACUCGAUAAAGUUGAGAAAAAAGAUAGCGGAAUGAACGAUUUCAAGUUUUUUCCGGUUGAGCCGUAUGGAGUCGUCGAAAAUUGGGACUUGGACCGAAAGACACAACUUUUACGGACAAUCGCGCAUAAUAUCGGAGCUGGAAUAAGUCAUACAGAAAGAACGAUGGUAAGAAAGAACCCUCUUGAGCUGAAGAAAUCGACGGGAUUGCUGGCAGAGCAGAAGGCGAAAUUAACCGUUUUGGACGAGCUUCGAAACUUGCAGCCAGGAGAGUCGGGCUAUUCAGCGCUGGACAGUAUUUUCUACGAUUUAAUUCACGAGUUGAGGCAAAAUGCCUGGGCUCGCAAACCUCCUACGUUUUUCAAAGGAAAUGAUCGAGAAAAGGACAAAACAUCUCGUCAAUUUUCACUCGAAAUUGGUUCACCAGCGCAUACGAUUUCUCUCCAGCUUGCAAAGCAGAUUCAAGACGACUUUCUCGCGGAUCCGAAAGUGUCAAAUAUGAUCAAGUAUCAACGAAAUAUGGCGACUGUUAUGGACGAUUAUGACGAGGGAGACGCAUCGCUAGAAUAUGAAUUCUCGUCCGUUAUUGCUCGACGAAAGGUAGAACCGGGCAUUGUUUCGACUGUUGAAUGUUCUAGGGUCGAUUUUUGCAAAACUGUCGUCCGAAAAAAUCCCCUUCCUGGCGAUUAA